AUUAUCUCUUACAAACUGCUUUCAACAUUUUGUCAGUAUGACGUACUUGAAUCAACCAGAGUACGUACGCUACGUGUGCAACUGCGGUUCCUUGAAACCUAUAUCGAAGAUAUACUUUUGCCGACACUGCUUGAUGAUACGGUGCGGCUACUGCGUCUGCCAGGAGGUGGACUCGCAUUAUUGCCCCAAUUGCAUGGAAAAUUUACCUUCAUCGGAAGUGCGUCUUAAAAAGAACAAAUGUUCCAACUGCUUCGACUGUCCUUGCUGUUUCCAAACGCUGUCUACGAGAGCAGGACUGGCAUCCCCGAAAGUGCCAGGAACGGCAACAGCGACGGAGGGCGAAGAGAACAAGGAUGUCAAGUCUACUCCCAAAAAAAUAUACUAUUUAUUCUGUUCUCUGUGUCGAUGGAGUUCUCGUGACGCAGGAAUACCGGAUCAAACUGCAGCAACCGGAGGCUGGCCCGAGCUGGAGAAUCCGCACACAAUACGCAUCAAUACUCUGAUUGAUUAUCACAAGGUAUUGGCGUCUAUAGAGAAACAGCAAUGCGAGAGGAAGAAAUAUCAACCGAAACGUUCUUACAUGCCAGCCCAGUCGGUGUACAGCUUCACAUCCGCGCUGGUCCGCAAGCGUAUCGGGCGUCCAAUAAAACCACCGGUGCAAUCUCACUCGGCCGCUCAUCCAGUACCGUCCACGGCGAGCGAAGAAGUGGAAGAAUUACCGAGCGACAUAUUUACAGAACCAGUAGACAUAACUAAAGUUACAACGUUGGAGCAACGGCUGCAAUAUCCAGAGGCGCAAGUCGAGAAGAUAAACGACUUGCGUCCGCAGCACAGACAGUUUCUGGUUAAACGGUCGCAACGUUGCCGAGUAUGCGAGCAUAACGUCAGCAAGUCCGAUCUUUGCCCCCAAUCGACAAAAUUCAAAAUCUUGCUGGCGGCAUUUUAUCAUAUCCCGGAGGUGAAGAUCGUAACUUGCGAACCGCUUCGGCCGGGAAUAUCCAGUGAAUUGCUGUUGAAAUUCUGCAAUCCAACGCAACAUCAGACACAGAUAACGAUACUGCCGUUAGACACCCCGUUAUCCAUUUCGUUCCUUGAGGAAAAGGAAAAUGUUAUACAAGAAGAUACGCAGGAAAGCAGUGAAUCAAGUCUGGCAUCUACGGUAAGGCAGGCACCCGUGAUAGAAGAUCCGAAAUCGAUCAAAGUAACACCGAACGCAGAUAUACUUCUGCCUCACAGCUCGUUCAUUCUCCCGCAGAGGGACGACGCUGCCGAAUACGAUGAUACAAGCGAUAAUCACAAUUUCCAGGAUGAUCCAAAGCUCGUCGUAUGGCGGAAAGGGAACAAGGCCGUGAUACGUUUACACGUAACUCCGCGCGAGACUAUCGAGAAUCAGGAAAAUCCAAUUGUGAUUGGAUUCGUCAUGCAACAUGGAUACGUGAAUACCAUUCCAGCACUCGAGCACAAGUUGCCGCAAAAAGCGGAUGUAAAACUCCAGUUAUAUCUCACUCUUGGCCAGUUAGUUGGUGAAACAUGAUUUCUUUCCACUAAACUGCAUUAAAAUAUGAGUACUGCACAGUGUCGUUAACAAUAGUGUAACAGUAAUAUAAGAACGAUGAUCGUAAUAUUUUUGUCAUAUGAAUGCUUAUAUCUUUACUAGCAGAGAUUAAUCAGUAUUUGAAGCAAUCAAGUUUGUCCGAGAGGUUUUACGAAAACCUAUCGCUUACACAGGAAUUAAAACAAUUAAUACAACAAACAACGUAUGCAA